GUGUUAGUGUGUUGGAUAAUGUGCUGGAAGAGAUUCGCAUGGUGCUUGAGUUGAAUCAUACUUCGCUGAAUCAAGAUGCCGUGCUUGCGGUCACGUUCCUCGGUCAACUCUACAAUUACAGCGUUUGCGAUUCGCCAAUUAUUUUCAAGACCCUUUAUCAACUGAUAACAUUCGGUGCGUUCGAUGUGCUUUUGGACGAUUGGAAUAAUUUGACUCGAGUCAGACUGGUCUGUGAACUGUUGCUAACGUGUGGUGAAUAUUUCAAUGGUGGUUCGGCAAAGAAGAAACUGGAUUGCUUUCUU